AUGGUGUCCUGUGCCGCCCCCCUCCCCGUGGUCAACCCGAUUGAGGUCAUCAAGACGCGGCUGCAGCUGCAGGGUGAGCUACAAGAAGAAAAGGCCAAGAGUGGCCUCAGCCGCAUCUAUGGAAAGGAACGCAAGUACAAAGGGUUCAUGCACGGUGGCGUACAGAUCCUGCGCGAUGAAGGCAUAGCCGGCCUCUACAAAGGCAUCGUCCCUGCGGCUCUGCGCGAGUGCUCCUACGCGGCGAUCAGGCUGGCUCUGUACGAUCCCAUCAAAACACUACUUGGCGAGAAUCGAGCUGACGGCGUGAAAGACGGCGGGCUACCGUUUUGGAAGAAGCUGGUAGCGGGAGCCACUGCCGGCAGCAUUGGGGCAGCCAUCGCCACACCCACAGAUGUUCUCAAGGUGCGAAUGCAAGCCGAAGGUGCAAGAGAUAAGCCAAGAUACAAGAACACACUGGAGGGAUUCGUAACUAUAGCACGAACUGAGGGCAUCCGUGGGCUUUAUAAGGGAGUCGUGCCCACAACUCAACGUGCAUGUAUAUUAUCGGCGGCCAUGAUGUCCUCCUAUGACCACAGCAAACACUUCAUCCUGCAGAAGGGCUGGAUCAAGCACGACAACCUCUACGCGCACAUUUGUGCGGGUAUGAUGGCCGGAUUCUCCAUGGCCGUGGUGUCGACUCCUAUCGAUGUGGUCAAGACGCGCAUCAUGAACCGCUCGGCUGGUGGUCCUGCGCCCUACAGAGGCAUGUUCGAUUGUCUUGUAAAGACGGCGCAAGCUGAAGGCGUUUUGGGUCUUUACAAGGGCUUCGUUCCGACCUUCCUGCGACUCGGACCGCACACCAUAUUGGCGUUCACGAUCUACGAGGAGCUCAGGAAGUGGGCAGGCAUACGGCCCGUAUGA